UUAGAUUAUAGUUGCUUCGCCAAUUAUAGAGCUAGAUAGAGGCUCCUGUGUAUUACGGCGUUAGCAACAAUUGCCGAACUGGCAGGUAUGUCCGACGGAGAUAAGAGGUUAGGUUUUUUCGCGCGAUUGCGGUAACCGACCCGCGGUCGGCGCCUCGACGCGACGAUUGCCAUCCAUUCGCUCGUCCGCCGGCACGCACGCUUGGCGUUCGCCUGCACUACUCACGCCGCCGCGCGUUCGACAUAACUCUACCAUCAAUGGUGUUUGUGAAUAUCGUUACAGAAUUUUGUCAAACCAAGUACUGCGCCGGGAACCACCGCCACAAUCAUGGACAAGGAUCACGCUUUAGAGGAAAUGAUGGGAAAGCUCGGUGACUUCGGGCGAUACCAAUGUUUCCAGUUCAUCCUUCAUAUCUUGGCAGCGAUGACAGCUGGCAUGCACAUGCUGUCUCUAGUCACUGUCGCGGCGGUACCAGAACAUAGAUGUUACCUGCCAGGAGUAGAUACUGCAAAUCACACGGAACCUUGGAACUCUUCACUAGUUCUAGCUGCCAUUCCUAUAAACGAGCACGGGAAGCUUGAGUCAUGUCGAAUGUACGGCGAAAACAAAACAUUAGUCGAUUGCGAAUCUUUUGUUUACGAUACUCAGUUCUAUUCUUCGUCGCGGGGGAUUGAGUGGGAUUUCGUAUGCAGUCGGCGAUGGAUGGGAGCCUCUGCCCAAACCGCCUACAUGUUUGGCGUAAUUGCUGGUUCCCUCAUAUUUGGACGAAUGUCUGACAAGUUCGGAAGAAAAACUGCCUUCCUUUGGGCCGGAAUCCUGCAGCUCCUCUUUGGCGCCUCUGUUGCCUUCGCUUCUGAUUACUACACAUUCAUGGGACUUCGAUUCCUCUAUGGAAUAUUUGGAUCGGGUUCAUACAUUGCCGGUUUUGUGUUAACAAUGGAGAUAGUUGGUCCAAGCAAGCGCACUAUUUGCGGAGUUACGUUCCAAAUUAUGUUUGCUAUCGGAAUUAUGUUAUUGGCCGCUUGGGGAUACUUAAUAGAUAAUCGAUUCUAUUUACAAUUAGUAUAUGCAGCACACGCCUUAGUCCUACUUCCUCAUUGGUUACUUAUGGAUGAAUCCCCUAGGUGGCUAUGGGCGCAAGGUCGUGCUCGUGAAUCUGUCGCCAUUAUAGAAAAGGCUUUGAAAUUCAACGGAUCUACUGACCCGAUAGACACCCCCGCGCUAGUAUCCCACUGCAAGGCCACGUGUGCUAAGUAUACAGACGAACACUCCGCUGGAACGACUGACUUGUUUAAGACGCCAAAAAUGCUACAAAAAACUUUAAUUAUUUGCGGAUGUUGGUUUGUUAACUCUGUUGUAUACUACGGGCUCUCUCUUAACACUGGCAAACUGAACGGGAAUCCUUACUUCCUUAUGUUCUUAAUGGGAGUUGUGGAAUUGCCAAGCUACAUUCUAAUUGUGUACUUCUUGGACCGCGUCGGACAUAGAGCUCUUAUCAGUACCAUGAUGUUGUUGGGAGGGAUCGCUUGUCUAGUCAUUGUCGCUCUACCUCAUGGCUCUACAUCUACCACAGGGGUGGUAAUGGUAGGAAAACUUUUUAUAUCAGGCUCUUAUUCAAUAAUUUACAAGUAUUCGGCUGAGCUUUUCCCAACAGUGGUCCGUAGUUCUGGAGUAGGUCUUGGCAGUAUGUGCGCUAGUGUGUCAGGAGCUUUGACACCUCUCAUCAAUCUGUUGGAUACUUUAAAUCCUAAGAUACCUACCAUACUUUUUGGUUUCCUUGCCUUGUUAUCAGGAUUUUCAACCUUUUUCUUGCCAGAAACGAUCGGUAGGAACUUACCUCAGUCUUUGGAAGACGGAGAAAAGUUUGGUGUCGGUGACACAUGUUUUACAAACUGCAGCGGUCGAAGAAUGAGCACAGACUCGGCGGAACUCCCGGAGACAAUGGUGCCGUUAGAAGUUAUGGAGAAGAAACCGUAAAAACAAUUGUAUUUUGACGUCAGUAUGUAAUGACUCAACUUGGAAAGCGACUUAAAGUCUUGAAACUAUUUAAUAAUUGUAGACAGCGAAUACUUACUAACAGUUAAGAUAGGCAACACGGCUAUUUUGUAAUGCUUUAAACUCUUAACGAAAUAUUACCUUUGUACGUAAAUCUUGCAUUUGAUGACUCUUGCUCAAUAUUUUAUACAUUUACUAAACGCUUUAUCUAACAACUGUGAACUUUCUUGUUUUAUAUUCACUGUUACUGCUAUGCGAAGAACGCAUGCAUAUACUUUAGAUAUAAGGUGAUACGUAAAUAGACUUAUAUUUAUUUAAAUUGUCUAGUCAAGUGUUAAUAACAAGCAUUUCAGUUUUGUCAAAACAGGUUUGCUUUAGACUGGAUAAUUGUUCUACUAACAACUAGUUAUUAUGUUGUGGAAAAAUAUAAGUGGUAGUACCUAGGUAUACAACUAAUAGAUGUUAAAACAAUUAAGUACAACUUAAAAUUAACACACGACGCAUGUAUAUGUCUGGAUGUACCAGCUAAAUAUAUGCUUGUGUGUACUACAUACUUAGUUUAGGUACUUAGUACAAUCUUAAUGGUACUUAUAUAAAUUGAAAAAUAGUUAAAAAGACCGAAAAAAAAACAGGUUCGUGGCAUCAGUUGACUUAUAAAGUAAGCAAAAUAGAGAGUUCUGAGAACCUACUAAUUUGCAAAAUAACGGAAUCAUAAGAGCUUUUAAUGGUAAUAUUAUAUAUAAUGUAAUCGCACAGACAGGAAGAUUUAUUAUAAACAAGAUAUUACACCAUUUAACCUUUUUUUCUCGUGUCCAAGACAAUGUUAAUAAGUCAAUGAUCUAAACUUAAUAACAUACUUAGCGGUUAAUUAUUUUUUUAAUGUGAUGGGAUCACUGCCCAUUAAAUGGGUUUUCGAACUUAUCAAUCUUAAUUGAAUUUUAGACAUCGAUUAUCAUAUUAAUCGUUGUCGCAAUGUAAUCGACUGAUGUCAUCAUUUUACUUACCUAGUCAACAUGGCUAAAUAAUAAUUAAAUAAAAUCUAUUUCGAAUCCAUUUCUUGUCACUGCCAGUUGGUGCUUGAUUUUUUUUAAAAACCAAUAAAAGCAUCACAAGAUUAAUUUAUUGAAUAAGAUAUAACUUACUUUAGGAUACUUAGCAGAGUUAAGUUAACACGCAUAAAAGUCAUUUAUGUGUAUCUAAGAUUAAAAAACAGGAACAGUCACGUACACCCUGUAUUUUAAAAUUGUAUAUUUAAAAACUGCAAGGAAAAUAAUGUGUUCAAUGCUUAAGAGUUUUUCAUUUUUCUAUUGUUUUAUAUUUUUAUAACUAUACACGUUAAUAUAAACGUAUCAUUGAGUACACUCGUAAGAUAUUACAAACUGACCACCUAUCAACUCACAUGUUUCAUUUUAUUUAUGUAAAUUACGACAUUCUACACUUCGAAUACACCGGUCGCAUACCUAUGAAGUUUCUAUAAAGAGUAGAAUUUAAAUAGCUUUAGCCAGUUCUAUAAUGCUUUACCUAUUACUGAAUUAAGAAACUACAGAUUCUGUUAAAUGUACGUAUGUAUUAUGAAUCAAUGUGUUAUAAUCAUUGUAUUGAUAAAUACGGAUGUCAAUUAGCUAAGAGCAAGUGAUAAAUAAUGUCAAGUAAUUAGUUAAUUAGAAGACUAACAGAUAGAGUACCUAUAUACCUACUUAUUUUAACAAUUCUCUAAGUAUUACUAAGAAAUACAGUGAGGGAUAGUCAAUCUAAACUGCCAAAACGCUAAUUAAUAUAGGUACCUAUCUAAGUAAUAAAAUUGCCAACAUCAAGACUGAAAAUGUUCAAAUACAUAAAUUAUGUUACAAUACUGAUAAGGCUAUACCAAGGGCCUGCCGUCACUCAAUAAAUAAUAAUCAUUAAACUUGUCAAAGAGCGCCGUGUAGCGCGCUGUAACACUUUCACGAGUGCAAUAAUGUUGUUAUAACAUGUGGUGGCAAGGUCCCUGAAUUAGACAAACAUCACAGUUUUUACUAGGAUUUAUAAUUUUUCUUACUUAAAGCUAACGAUUUGUUGGUACCAGUGUGAAGAACUAAGAUAACAAAAGAACUUAUUAUAUUAGGUAGCAUGCGAUGCAUUUUUGUAUACAUUUUUACUGUAUGUAAGAUUGAACAAUCAGAAAUUAUUUUUCGAUUAUCUUACAAUUUUAUCAAUAUCAUAAUAAUUUUCCCUAUGUACGUAAUUUAUAUCUUCAGAUCUUACUUAACGUUUCUAAGGAACCUUAACGAUUUAUAAAGUUGUUAUACGUUUUAUUACCUUACUUUGUAGAAGUUAUAGUCAUGAGUCUUUUAUGUAUAAAUAUUAAUAUGUUCUCGACUGUUUCCUUAUUGACACUGAGAUAGAACUUUGCUAUUUUCUCAGAUAUUACGCUUAAGACCCACAAAUUGCCGGCAGAAACCUUGUCGCAUUAAGGACCUCACGUAAAAAUAAGCUCUAAAACGGCUUGCAACAUAAAUUAACUGUCAAUUUACGACCUCAAUAUUGUGAGUUGGUGACUGUUAGCAAUAUGCGGGGAUUAUAGUUUUUUGACAAUAUGUGAGGAAUAAAUGAUAACGGUUAUUUUUUCGUUUAAUUACUGAUACACAUAAUAAAUGUUUUCAAAUUCUUACAAGCCUUAAAUAUUUCACAGGUCAAAUUCAAACUCUCUAAUUUUAUUUCGUUUAUUUUUAAGUUUUGAUAGACAUUUCAACGUUAUCACGAAAAGAGUAAGUAUCAAAAUCCAUGGUGUACACGAAUUAAAUAAACGUAUUUUAAUA